AUGGACAGUUGGAGAGUAGCCGUGCUGGGCGACGGUGGUGUCGGGAAAACGGCGCUGGCUGUUCAGUUCACGCUUAACUGCUUCACUUAUGAUCCUACAAUAGAGGAUGCGUAUAGAAAGCAACUUGUAGUCGACAAUCGGAUGUGUUUUGUAGAGGUUAUUGACACUGCGGGUCAAGAGGAGUACGCAACUUUACGCGACCAGUGGGUACGCGAGGGUCAAGGAUUCAUCCUUGUGUAUUCCAUCGCGUCGCGGGCGACAUUUGAUCGUCUGGACGUCUUCCGCCAAUCAAUGAUGCGGGUGAAACGUCAAAAGCCUAUUUUUAUGCUCGUUGGCAACAAGUGUGACAAAGGAUAUGAACGGGAGGUUUCUCGAGAGGAGGGGCAAGCGCUGGCGCGGCAAUUUGGUUGCGAUUUCCUGGAGACAUCCGCGAAAACAGCUCAAAAUGUGGAGCGUCUCUUCACAAGCCUUGUCCGUAUGCUUCGUAACACGAAACAGACAGAGCAGGCAUUGGCAACCCCAGGGAGGCCACUCGAGAAGGAGAAGAAGCGGAAAUGUAUUAUCAUGUAG